UGUUAAUGUCGUUCCAUGCCCAAGUGUGCUAUCCCAAUACUUGCAUUUGCAUUGCAUUCCUUCAUGGCAUGUUCAUGAAAGGGUGAAUCCCGAUCACAUCUUUGUUAUAAUUUCACUUUUUAAUAACUGGAAGACCAGAAACUGCGCUUCCCUAUUGUUUCUCUACCCUGCCUGAUUUGUUUACUUUGUGUAAUCGCACAACCCAGAGUUGAGUCUCUGGCCGAGAAGACCGCAAUACAACCAAUUGUUCAUGUGGGCUCAUCACGAUGUCUUUCAAUGCCAACGCCAAUGGCACAGCGCAUCGGCGCAGUAAUCCUUUUGCGAGAACGACUUCUGCCUCUCCAGCUACGAAUACCAACUUGCGACCCAAGUCAGCCAUAUUCUCCUCCCCUUCAUCAACUCCUGGGCUCUCUACACCUUCCGGACACAGCCGGACACAGUCGAAUGGAUCAUUAUCAGCAAUAACUCAUGGCUUCUCCGGCUCAGCGCCGAGACAGCAACGCAGUGACUCCAAGAGCGGCACUCCAACAUCGACGACAUUUGCACCGUCAUUCAUCAAGACUGAGGAGAUGAAACGCCAUGAUACAGUGAAGGGUAUCGAAGGCGAAAACGACUUCUCCGGGAAGCGCUACGUCUGGCUUAAGGAUCCGCAAGCCGCAUUCGUACGGGGAUGGAUCGUCGAAGAAAUGGAUGGGAAUCGGUUACUAGUGCAAUGUGACGACGGCACUCAAAGAGACGUCGAUGCUGAGAGUGUUGACAAAGUGAACCCUGCCAAGUUCGACAAGGCAAACGAUAUGGCCGAGUUGACACACUUGAACGAGGCAUCAGUUGUCCACAACCUUCACAUGCGAUACCAGGCCGAUUUGAUUUACACGUACUCAGGCCUUUUCCUUGUUACCGUCAACCCGUACGCCUCGAUUCCUAUUUACAGCAAUGAAUACAUCAACAUGUAUCGCGGGCGGAACAGAGAGGACACGAAACCUCAUAUUUUUGCUAUGGCUGAUGAAGCCUUCCGCAAUCUUGUGGAAGAGGGGAAGAACCAGAGCAUUUUAGUGACUGGCGAAUCCGGCGCAGGCAAGACAGAGAACACGAAAAAGGUCAUUCAAUACCUCGCUGCUGUUGCUCAGGCAGACUCGACAAUCAAGAACAAACCUCACCAUUCUAACCUCUCACAACAAAUUCUUCGAGCAAACCCAAUUCUCGAGGCAUUCGGAAACGCUCAGACAGUCCGCAACAACAAUUCCUCGCGAUUCGGAAAAUUCAUUCGCAUUGAAUUUACUCGAAAUGGAGCUAUUUGUGGCGCAUAUAUCGACUGGUAUCUGCUAGAAAAGUCCAGAGUAGUACAUAUCAACCCCCAUGAACGAAAUUACCACGUAUUCUACCAACUUCUCAAAGGUGCAAGCUCCAGCUUGAAGAGGGAAUUCUUGAUCGAUGGUCUUACCGUCGAAGAUUUCAAUUAUACCAGGGACGGCCACGACACAAUCGUGGGUGUCUCAGACCAUGAUGAAUGGGAAUCCCUCAUGGAAGCAUUUGACGUGAUGGGGUUCUCGGAUGAAGAGCAGAGGUCUAUUUUGCGAACUGUGGCCGCUGUGCUACACCUGGGCAACAUCACCGUUGUCAAGGAAAGCCGCACUGCAGACCAAGCCCGUCUGGCACCGGAUGCAAAAGAGCAAGCCGCAAAAGUGUGUAAGCUUCUUGGUGUACCAUUAGAGCCCUUCUUGAAAGGUCUCCUCCACCCCAAAGUCAAGGCAGGCCGAGAAUGGGUCGAGAAGGUACAAACCCCUGAGCAAGUUCGACUUGGCUUAGACGCUCUUUCAAAGGGCAUAUAUGAACGCGGUUUCGGCGAUCUCGUCAACAGAAUCAAUGGGCAGCUCGAUCGCACUGGCAUGGGCCUGGAGGAUUCUCACUUUAUCGGAGUACUCGAUAUCGCCGGUUUUGAGAUCUUCGAACAGAAUAGCUUUGAGCAGCUAUGCAUCAACUACACCAACGAAAAGUUGCAGCAAUUCUUCAAUCACCACAUGUUUGUCCUGGAACAAGAAGAAUAUGCACGUGAGCAGAUUGAAUGGAAAUUCAUCGAUUUUGGUCGUGAUCUGCAGCCCACGAUUGAUUUGAUUGAACUGUCGAAUCCAAUCGGUGUCUUUUCUUGCCUAGAUGAGGAUUGCGUUAUGCCCAAAGCUACGGACAAGUCAUUCACUGAGAAGCUCAAUUCUUUAUGGGACAAGAAAUCAACGAAAUAUCGACCCUCGCGUCUAGGUCAGGGUUUCAUUCUCACUCACUACGCUGCCGAGGUCGAGUACUCUACAGAAGGAUGGCUAGAGAAAAACAAAGAUCCUCUGAAUGAUAACAUCACCCGCCUUCUAGCUGCUUCAUCGAACAAGCACGUCGCUUCCCUGUUUUCUGACUGUGCUGAAUCUGAGGAGGAUCAUGCCACUGGAAGAAGCAGAGUCAAGCGGGGGCUCUUCCGCACAGUCGCCCAGAAACACAAGGAGCAUCUUCACAGUCUCAUGGCACAACUCCACUCCACCCACCCUCAUUUUGUUCGAUGCAUCCUCCCCAACCAUAAAAAGAAGCCAAAGCAGUUCAACAAUCUCCUUGUUCUUGACCAAUUACGCUGCAAUGGUGUUCUGGAAGGUAUCAGAAUCGCGAGGACUGGUUUCCCCAACAGACUUCCCUUUGCAGAAUUUCGACAGCGAUAUGAGGUCCUUUGCCAGGAUAUGCCCAAAGGAUAUCUCGAAGGACAGGCCGCGGCCAGUCUUAUGCUUGAAAAGCUUGGACUUGACCGCGCUUUAUACCGGGUUGGCUUGACCAAAGUCUUCUUCCGCGCGGGUGUCCUUGCAGAGCUUGAGGAACAGCGAGAUGCUCUAAUCACCCAAAUUAUGUCCAGAUUUCAAUCGGUCGCUCGAGGGUUCAUACAAAGGCGGGCAGCCUAUAAAAGGCUAUUUCGCACUGAGGCCACCAGAAUCAUCCAAAGAAACUUCAACGUUUACCUGGACUUGGCGGAAAAUCCAUGGUGGCAGCUAAUUGUGAAGAUGAAGCCUCUUCUUGGUACCACUCGUACAGCCACAGAAGUCAAGCGAAGGGAUGCAAUGAUCAAGGAUCUGAACGAAAGGAUGCAACUGGAGUCCCAAAAUCGUAUGAAGCUUGAGGAGGAACGGCGAAAUUGUCACGCCGAAAUGGUCCGAAUCCAGCAAACUCUUGAGAGUGAGCGUGCGCUUGCUCUAGACAAAGAAGAAAUUUUCAAGAGGCUUCAGCUUCGAGAAGCGGAGCUCGAGGAGAAGCUUGCAGGAGCAAUUGAAGACCAGGAAAGGCUAGAAGACGAGUUAGACGACCUUCUAAAUGCCAAGAACCGGGCGGAACGAGAUAUCGAAACAUAUCGUUCUCAGCUCGAGCAAGCUGCCACCCUCAUUGCUAAGCUUGAGGAGGAGAAGAAGGGACUGAGCACAAAGAUCAGCGAAGUUGAACAAUCAAUGGCCGACAUAACUCAGAGGCAGGCCGAACGUAGCGAGCAAGAACUUGCCCUCCAAGAUGAAAUCAAGAUGCUUCAGAGUCAACUAUCGGUCAAGGAAAGGAAGGUUCAAGAUUUGGAGACCAAGCUUGUGAAGCUCGACCAAGAUUCGGAGCUUAAACUCAACGCAGCUCAAAGAGAGCUUCAGUCAACCAAGUUCCGAGAAACUCAACUUACUCAUGAGAACGAAGAUAUCCAGAGACAGCUCAACGAGCUCUCCAAGACGUCGACUGAUUACGAAGAUCUUGUUCGACAAAAGGAGAGUGAACUUGCUCUUCUGCGAACCGACAACAAGAACUUCGAAAGCGAGCGUCAGUCUCUUGAGGAUCAGAAAAAGUCUCUGACCACUGAGAAGGAGAAAAACGCCGAGAAGUACCGUGAGGCUCAAGCUGAACUUGUAGCCAUGAAGUCUCGGCAAUCUCAAUUGGAGCGAGAGGCCGAAGACGCAAAGCACUUGUUGGAAGCACGUCUGUCGGAGGACGCACAAGCCGAUCAGAAUCGCCAAGUCCUCGAGUCACAAAUAAAGGAUCUGAAGGAUGAGCUGUACAAGACACAGAUGGAUCUGAGUCGAGAACGCCAGUCUCGAGAUGACGUCCAACUGCUCGGUGAGCACCGCUACCAAGAGUUGAAGGAUGAAUUCGAUCGUCUUAAUGAGUCAAAAAUCAUCAUCGAGAAGGAACUAUAUGCCCAGCAGGAUACCUUACGGAGAACAAUGGAGGCUCGGACUACUGCUGAGAAAGAACGUGACGAAGCAAGACAAGAGAUUCGCCGCCUUCGAGUGGCGAAGACACAGGCCGAGGAGGCAAGAAUGCAAGCCGAGGUCGCUGGCGAGAGACAAGCUUCUAAGGCAGCCCUGGACCGCGAGAACAGUCUUCGAAAAGAUCUCGAUGCAGCACAGGAACGGCUUCAAUGGUUUGAAGGAGAGUGCGCCAAGCUAAACCACCAGAUUGAAGACCUCAACAAGUUGAUCCUCGAAUCAGGCGAGUUUGGCUUGAAAAACGACCAAGCCAAAGAAAGACUUGAACGAGAGUUGACCACUGUGAAGAGCCGCCUGACAGCAUCAGAGAAUGACAAUCGUGCUUUGCUGAACAAACUACAGCAGAAAGGGCUUGAGAUUGCUCGUUCUAGUUCACGCGCUAGUGAAGCUUCUCGAGGUCAGAUCAUAUCUCUCCAGCGCGAAAAGGCUAGGCUGGAAGAGCAGAACACAAAACUCAACAAGCAGUUGGGUGAUUCCCAACUCGCCAUUGCAUCACUUGAGAAAAGAGCGGAGAAAUUGCAGCUCAGCCUGGAAGAUCUAAGUCAUGAGGUUGCACGUGAAGUUAAAUCAAGCAGAAAUGCUGAAAAGGCGACUUCUACCUUCACAGCGCAGCUGGCUGAAGCAAAUAGAACCAUUGAGUCAGAGCGGCAAUUGCGAACUCAGGCUCAGACCACUAUUCGUACUCUACAAACAUCCGUGGAUACACGAGACAAGGAAGUGAAUGAGCUACGAGCUCAGAUGCUUGAUGUUCUACGGACUGUUGAUCCAGAGGUUCCCAUCCCCCCUCAGUCGGAUGGAGCUGAUGAAAAUAUACUCAUUCAGAACUUUGAUCUUGUGAGAAAGGUUGAGGAGCUUCAGCAAAACCUUCGUGUGCAAACAGCAGCUCGAACAAACGCCGAGAACCAACUGAGUGAAAUGCGAGCGUCGAGGAACGACCCUGCUAGCCGACCCAAGCUCGAAGAGAUCCAGCUGAAUGAGGCGCCCUUCCAAGGGUCACCAACUCAGAAGAGGGCAGCUAAGCUUCAUGCUCGCAAUUACUCAAAUACUUCCACACCCACCCGGCGCUUCCAGGAUCUCGACCAUCUUCAAGAUUCAACACGUUCCGAUCGUACCAUCGACACACUCAACUUCAACAACCGUAUGGAUUUGAAAGCCGAAGUCGAGGAACUUCAGAAUCAGCUUCAACUUAAGGAAAUGCAAAAUCGUCACUUACAGAGCCAGAUCAACCGAAGCACGCCUAUACCGGAGAAUUACGACGACCAAAGCCCAUCUUUGCGUCGCAUUCAAAAACUCGAGAUGGUCAAUACUCGUCUUCAUGAAAUGCUCGAUGACUCUAAUAAGAAGGUAUCUGCUUUGGAGCGCACAAUUCGAUCCGGACAGCUUUCAUUACGGGAUGUACAGACACGCACACACGAAGAAAUUUUGGAGGUCCUGAAUAGCCAAGAAGACUCUCGUCGAGCCUUGGUUCAUAGUCACAAGGACGCCGUGGCGGAGUUGACCGAUAUCAAGGGACACUUCGAGCGACUACGACACGAUCGCGCCAAAGCCGAAGUCGAGCUCCGCGAUGUCAAGUCUGACCUGCAAGAAAUGACUCUAGCAAGAGAGCAAGAGGCACAGAAUCGAAAUCAGCUUCUCCAAGAGUUUGCAGAUCUUCAGAUUCGUCUCGAUGCAGAAACCUCGAAGUUUGCAGAUGUUUCUUCAAGUCUUGAAAUGUACAAGAGCCGCGCAGACGAAUACUUCAGCAAGCUUGAACAAGCCGAGAUCGCUGUUCUCAAAGCUAGUCGUGCCGAACAGUUUGCCAAAUCCCAAGCAAAGGAAGCCGAAGACACAUAUGCGGAGGUCAUGGCAGAACGUGAGAAGAUGGAUGCCAGCAUUGAGGAUCUCCAACGCCAGAACCAACGCCUUGAGGAGAAGGUUGAGGAUAUUUCUACAGAUUUGGCAGCUGCCACUCAAGCUAAGAAGAGACUUCAGCACGAACUCGAGGACUACCGUAACCAGAGAGCCAUGGAGAUCGAGGACAAGGAAUCGAGUAUGGAGCAGACUCGUAAGAAGUAUCAGGCCGAGUUCGCUACAUUGACUAACGAACUUGAUCUUGCUCGUGAGGAGAGGCUCUUCAAACAAGCAGAGAUUGCCCGCCUCCGAGAAGAACUUGAUGAAUUGAGGUCAAAGUGGGAUGAUGAAGUCCUCAACAGCUCAACCUGGUCUAAGGAGAAGGCUCGCUUAGAGUCAACAUUGGCAGAUGUCGCUUCGUCUCGUGAUGAGGCAGUAAAUGCUCACAACGAAGCUCAAGGAAAGGUUGUGACAUUGCUCUCUCAAGUCCGUACUCUCCGCUCGUCGGUGGACGAGAUCACAGCAGAACGGGAUCAUCUUCUCCGGGAGAAGCGAAAUGUUGAGGCUCGCCUCGAGGAAGCGAAAUCCGGGCUCGAGGACCUUGUGAAGGGAGACAGUCCCUCUCUGCGCAAUGCCGCCAACAUGGACAAGGAGAUUCUGGAACUAAGGUCACACCUCGCCCAACAAGAGGAUAUUGCGGCUGCUGCCGUGGAGAAGAUGCGCAGAGCAGAAGCCUUAGUAACGGAGGUACAAAAGGACGUCAUGGUGGAGCGCGAAAACAGCAUUCAACUGCAACAACAAAAGGCAUCUUUGGAAAAAGUUCUCAACGAGGCCCAACUCAAACUUGUUGAUCUGGAGACCAAGGGCUACUCGAGCGCCAGCCAGGAUGUCAAGUUCCUGCACAAACGUAUUCAGGAGCUCGAAUCACAGCUCGAAGACCAGGAGACUGAGCGUAGCAAAUCUCAACGCUCCGUUCGAAAUGUAGAUCGAAUCGUGAAGGAUAUGCAAGGUCAGAUCGACCGCAAGGACAAACAAAACACACAGCUCUCAGAGGAUGUCUCAAGGAUGCGCGACAAGGUCGAGAAGCUUCUGAAGACCAUCGAGGAGCUACAGUCAUCGGAGUCCCAGAAUCAGUUGUCAGCUCGUCGAGCUGAACGUGAACUCCGAGAAGAAAAAGAGAAAAUUGCCCGACUGGAGCGCGAAUUGGCAGGAUUGAAGAACCUCCGCAACGACAAGGGGUCAGGCAGCGUCAUGGGUAGUGUCCGGAGUCGCAUGGGCCCCUGGCGGGUCAGCGAAGGAGAUGAUGCAUCCAUGGUGGAUAUUCCCAGGAGGAAGAGUAGCCUUAGUAGGGUCCCCAGCUUCACAAAAGGAUUCCUAUAAAGGUAGGGGUUGAGCAAGGAGGCGAAUGUAGGAUACACACAUAAGCUGGAAACAUGUUGAUGGGGCGUUGAAGCAUUUGUUCAGGGUCUGGGUACUGUAAUGGUUUGCAAGGCAUGGGAGGCGGGCAUGAUGGAUGGCGGAUGGUGUCUAGGAUGGUUUUUGGCUCGCUAGUGCUUUAGGGAUUAUUUACUUUGCGUAUAAUCAAUGAAGAGCUUACGCUGCAUGUUUACUAUGUGGGAUCCCUCCUUCUGGGGCAAAUUCACUGUAUGAUAUUUCAAUACGACUGGUUGAAUGCCCAAUGUUCUUCAGGGGUC